AUGGAAAAAGAGAGAAAAUCCUCUAAACAAUACGGUUCUUUGGAAAAUACCCAAGUGGACGCAGCGACGGAGAAACCAGCUGAAGAUGUCAUUUCGAUGGCCGACUCCACAAUUACAAUCGGGGACAUUGAAGGAGAGCUGUUCAAAAUCGAGCGGAUACGAGACAUCCUCGUGCGGAGAGAAUCAGAGCUGAGAUACAUGAUGGAUGACAUUCAGCUCUGCAAAGAAAUCACAAAGCUUAAGAAAGAGCUGCAGAAACUUGUCUCAAUUCCAGACAAAGACAAGUCCAAGGAGGACAGAGAGAGGGAAGAGGACGUGCUGCAGCAGAUCAACAAGCUGGUGGAGACCAGAGACUUCCUCGUGGAUGACGUGGAGUUUGAGAGGCUGAGGGAAAGAGAGGAAGACAGAGAAAUGGCAGCCUUCUUAGAGUCCAGAUUUCCAAAGACCUCGGCUAUGAAAGGUGCUUUGCAAGAUCAAAAGGCGGCGUCCAAAUCUCAGCAGAUGUCAACUCCAUUCAUCACUAAAACUGGACUUACACUACUGAAAGACUGCUGCGGCUUCACCUGCUCCAUCAUGUAA